AUGACGUCGUUUGGAUUAGAUUUUGAAGAUGACGAAGAUUGCUGGCUAACUCCUAGCGUUAAAGAUGUUGCUGUUCAGUCUUCUAAACCGUUUGACAUCAAAGAAUAUUUGGGAGAAGUGAAACUAUCUGAGAGUGCUGCCACGUUAUCCAAGAAAAUAGCAAAAUAUACUAAGAAACGAGCCGUUUUGGAACGCAUGUCGUCACUCGCUUCUGUGAAAGAAGAAAGCCCAUGCAGCUUUUCGACAAAUGAUGAAAUCUCCUCAAGUGAUCAGUCUUCAGGACUGGGUGUAUCUGUUGAUACAGAUAUGUCUAGUCCUGAAGUCUUCCCUGAGGAUGCCAGUUGCAGUAAAAGUGUUUCGUUUGCUCCAACUAUGUCACCUAUGUCACCUAUGGUGAAGAGUGCUUUUCCUAUUUCGUCAACACCCAUACACCCAAUUGCUCAUCGCAGUCAGAAGAUGUUAUCAGUGAUCUCACCAAUCAGAAUGGAAGAGCCUGAUUCAGAGCCACAAUUAGAAAAGCUUACACUCACGGUCGAUGACGACGAAGAGUUUUAUGACGCCGCUGAUGACUUUUCCGAAGAAGCUUUCAACGCAAUAUCGUUGACAGCAUCAUUCAGCAGCAUCGAAUCAAUCCUCUCAGACAGAAGAGACCCUGGUCAGUCAUGCAUUCGGACAGGUAUGACACAAUCAUUAAUCAAAGUUGAUGAAGAGGACAUUCCUUCAUCUGUGACACCCGCUAAACUAACAUUACCUCGUCAAGCCAGAUCUUCGUCAGUUAGCCCCCGUUCAGCAACGUCUUCUCUUGGUUCUGAGUCGAGCAGGCUAAAGCCCGGAGAUGAUAAAUCAUUAACAACUCCCUUAUCAUCUCGUAACGGAACCUUACGUCGUUCUCUCGGAGAACAGGCGUUAUCUCGAAGUCAAUUCUCUACUUUGAGUAAACAACCUACUAAUAAUGAAACUCGGUUACCAAGGAAUCCACGGGUUAUGAAAUCUCAUUCUAACUUAUCGCCAAACUCAUCAACGCUUACUAAAACUGAUCGUACUUGGAGCAAAAACUCACUUGAUACUACUCCAUCUCGACCAGUGUCUCGUGCUUCACCUAUUCUUCGCGAAGAGUUUAACCGAGAUUUACAACAGGUCACGUCACUAGCUCAACAACAAGAAGAAGCUCUUCGACAAGCUGUGAGGAACUCAAAUGAGCGGAAAUAUUCGUGGCAGGGAGAACCUAACAAAUCAAAUGGAAGUCCACAUUCAUCCGCUGGAUCUUUAGCAAGUAGUAAAUCGGUAGACAUUGCCGUCCUUAAUAAAACAACGGCAACUCCAAAUUCUCGGAUACCUGGUCCUUCCAGGCUACCCCGAAGAACGGGUAUACCUGUCCCAACCAAAAUACAACCAAAUCCUCGUCAAACCAAUGCGUCCAUGGCGAAGUUUGGAGGAGAUCCAUACGACGACUGCUUUUAG